UAAAGUGAAAUUAAAGUACACAUAUGAUUUAAAGUGCCACUUGGCAUUACCUCGGUUGAGGCGCCGGCUUCAAUGGCUUUGACUUGGAUUAUACUGGCAGGCCAGCCUUAACUCACCUAAUCACCUACUUAAAUACUCUGAUUCUAAUAUCUUAAAUGUUUUAAAUAUUAUAAAUUCAUUUAUUUACAAAUAUUUGUCACAAACGGAUCCCAAGUUCGAGAAGAAUGAAAAAAAGGUGGGAAAUCAAAACUAGUUAGGGGGAAACACACACCCGUAAGCUGUAAAGUAGCCAUAUUUUCCUCUUCGAUUUUUGUUUUCUUACUUCUUCUUCUUCAUUCUCUUUCGUCUCAUCUAAUUAAUUAUCUUUCUUUUUCAAAUUUUGAUGAAUUCAAUUGAGUCCUUUUUUUCAGUGACGGAGUUGGCUUCAAAUGAAACUUAAUUCACUUUCUCUCACCAGCCCAGUAUUUAAUGUUUUAUCCUCUGGUGAAUUAAUCUAGAGGUGGGUAUUAUUCCUCAUUCAUGGAAAAAAGAUCUCACGAGAUUUCCAUGGACAUUGCAAUACCCUUUAUUGCGAUCCAAACUUGAAAAUGAGUCAACUCGGUGUGAUUCUACAGGAAUCGCUGAGUCGAGAGAGGGAAGCGAGAACGAUUCUGUGUUUUCUGAGGGAACAAAUGGACGUAGGAGAUGGAGGAAGAGGAAGAAGGAGGAGUCUGAAAGAACGGUUUGGAUUGAAAGGAAUGGGUUGCUGUGGGGCCACGUGGGGUUUCAGGCCAACAGUAAUAAGCGUUAGAGAUAAUGAUGAAGAAGAAAACGACAACGACAACAACGAAGAAGGAGAAAACCAAGAACGACAAUCUCUGGAAACUAUUUUUAACCAAGGAACACUUCAGAAUCACCCGGAGAAUGAUGCGGAUCCGGUUUGUUCAGAUCCGGAUCCAGAUCCGGCUCAUUCGGCGCCGAGCAUGAAUCUUGCAGCGGCGUUAGCCGCCGAAAGACAAUUCCGGCAAACAAACGAAACCCCAGCGAGGGAAGAGGCGGCGUCAAGAACGGCGGGGAGUACGGCUCCGGGAACGCCAAUGAGGGUGUCUUUGAUGAGAUUACUGGAGGAAACGGACGGUCGUGAUGGGAGUACGGAGAAGAGUAAUGCAGUAGUAGUAGGAGAAGGAGGGGUGGGGAAUGAUUCGGUGUGCUGCGUGUGCAUGGGAAGGAAGAAAGGCGCGGCUUUCAUCCCAUGUGGUCACACCUUUUGCAGGGUGUGUUCGAGAGAGAUGUGGUUGAAUCGAGGUGCCUGUCCCCUCUGCAAUCGUCCCAUUCUCGAGAUUCUCGACAUUUUCUAAGACCAUCACCAUCAUCACUAUCAUCACCAUCACCAUCAUCAUCAUCAUCAUCAUCUCUUCACUUGAUCUGUACUGCCUCGAGUUUUGUGCUUUGCAACGGAAUUAUUUUUCACGUACCAGAAAAAUCCAUAAACAUAUAUAUUCCAUUUUUCUUUUUGUAAUGUAAAAAUAUCGUUUCAAUGAUUCUUAAUUACUAUGCAAUGUCUACAUCAAAUGGAAAUUCUCAUUAAUAUUGUUUUGUUUA